AUGUCGAAUCCUCCUUGCACAUUCUCUGAUGAAGAGGGAAAAAAAGGGGGGCACCAUGGAGACCCUGAAAUCCGAUACUUCAAGGCGCUCCUCAUGACCCAUGCGCUUUCAGGCGCCAUUAGUGGCCGCUUUCCUAGGCUGGCUGCUCAUGAUACCCUAACGGGCGCUAUCAGCAUGCAAUUGGCGCUCCAUGGUACGGACAUCAGCGGAGACGCCGGGAUGGGUUGA